AUGGCCCUGCCCAGGUCGCCCGCCUCGCCCUCCUCGCCAGACGGCCCGCCCAAGGCAGUCCUCCCGCGACGAGCCCCCGCCGCCGUCGCCGCCUCGUCGAGCAGCGCACUAAACACACCCGCUGGCACCCCGGCCCCGCCGCCAAGCACCACUCACGCUACCACCCACGCUACCACCCACGCUACCACCACCACCACCACCGCAACGUCCUCGGCGUCGGGGCCCGUGACCAACCCGAGCCUCACGACUUGCACAACCGCCGCCUCGUCUGCCGUGCCGUCGCCGCCUGAGCUCGACGACACCGCCAGCACGGGAACGGGCACGGGCACGGGCAGCGGAGGCGGCGGCCUCGGCGGCCUCGUCAACGGCAACGGCCCCACGUCGGCGCCCUCUGGCCGGCGCACGAUGGCGUCUGCAGGCGGGUCGACGGCCGCGCUCGCGAGCCUCGGCGGCGUGGCCACCGCACCGCCCACCGCGGCCGUCACGCCCGUGACGGGGUUGGGCAAGAUGGCCGCCGCGGCUACGGCAGGUAAGCGGCGAGCAGGAGGAGGAGGCGACGCCGAGCCCGUCGCCGGUGCCGGCGAGGACGACCACCCGCUGUCUGACCGCAGCCUUGCUGCCAGGGCCUACCACACGCUGCAUGCGAUGCAGCACCUGUUCCACCUGCCCGACCGGUGGCGACUGCUGCGGCCCCUGGGGCAGGGCGCGUACGGCCUCGUCAUCAGCGUCCAGGACAGCCUGAGCGGCGAGCCCGUCGCUGUAAAGUGCAUCACCCGCGUCUUUGACAAGACCAUUCUCAGCAAGCGUGCCCUGCGCGAGAUUACACUUUUGCGCCACUUUGGAGAGCACGAAAACCUCACUGGUCUUAUCGACCUCGAUAACGUUUGGGACGGAUACAAUGAGAUAUACCUGUACAUGGAGCCGAUGGAGGCCGACCUGCACCAGAUUGUGCGCUCUGGACAGCCGCUGUCAAACCUCCACAUCCAGUUCUUCCUGUACCAGCUCCUGCGCGGCAUGAAGUACAUCCACUCUGCCAAUGUGAUCCACCGCGACCUCAAGCCGGGCAACCUGCUUGUGAAUUCCGACUGCGAGCUCAAGAUCUGCGACUUUGGCCUUGCGCGCGGCUUCAAGCCCGUCACGGGCGAGACGGACCAGAACGAGGAGCUGCGCAUGACCGAAUACGUCGCCACGCGCUGGUACCGUGCUCCCGAGAUUAUGCUCUCGAACCGCCGGUACACGACCGCCAUUGACGUGUGGUCCAUUGGCUGUAUCCUGGGCGAGCUGCUUGGCGGCAAACCCAUGUUCAAGGGCAAGGACUAUGUCGACCAGCUCAACCUCAUCCUCGGCGUCCUCGGCACGCCCGACGACGAGACCCUGCUCACCAUGAGCUCGGAGAAGGCGCGCGUGUACCUCCGCACUCUUCCCCACAGCCCCGUGAUGCCGUUCGAACAGGUGCUUCCCAACGCGGACCCGCAAGCCCUCGACCUGCUUGGCAAACUGCUAGCGUUCGACCCGACCAAACGCACCGACGUGGUAACCGCGCUGGAACACCCGUACGUUGGCGCAUACCACGACCCGUCGGACGAGCCCGAGUGCGAGGUGUUUGACAAGUGGGCCGAGGUGGAGCAGCUCCAGAGCAUGGAGGAGCUGCGGGCCGCCGUCACCCGCGAGAUUGCCGAGUACCGCGCCGAGGUGCGCGGCAUGGCCGAGGAGGCGGGCGACGAGGACGACGAGGACGACCACGACCACGAGCACGGGUACGAGGAAGGAGCGUACCAGUACGAGGUCGAGGGCAGCGGCGUCCACAGCGAGCCACUAUCGACGGACGUGUCUGCGCGCGAGUCGUUUGACUCUGUCCGCGACGACUUUGCCGCCAGCAUCCGCGGCCGCCUCGGCGUCAAUGCCGCCCACGUUGGCGGAGCUGGAGCUGGAGGCGGCACGCUGCCAUCGCCGUCGCCACGGACACUGUCGCCCGACCACAUCCGCAGCAAGCUCGGCCACAUGGCCCAGGCCGGCCGCUCGCCCACGCUGUCGCCACGACGAACGCUCGACCGCGUCCAAGGCCGCAGCAGGUCGCAGUCGCGCUCGCGCUCGCGCGACGUGUCGCCGUACACGCCCGGCACGGCCAUUUCGGCCAUUUCGGAGGAAUCGUUCGGCCACAGUGCCGGCGGCGGCGCUGGCGGCGCGCACAGCCACGUCGGCGUGAGCCAUAUGGGCAUGAGCCAGACCGUGGCACAGCGCCGUCCCCGCCGGUCGUCGAGCGUGGCCAGCCUCAAGCGCCGGUCCAUGUCGUUCCUGUUCGGCGGCGGCUUUGGCGGCGGCAUCGGCAUGACGUCCAUGACCGCUGCCGGCGGUGCUGGUGGCAAGGAAGAGUCGGCCAUCGCGACAGCGUCGUCGGGCGAGCACACGGCGGGAUCCAUGGUCGGCCGCCGGUCCCGCGCACCGUCUGGCACGGCGUCGCUGCGCCCCCUCAUCCGCCAGCUGAGCACGACCAACCUCGAGGACUUGCACCGCGCCGAGGCGCUCGCGACCGACGACGAGCCCCUCAUCACGCACUCGCCCGGCCAGCGGAGCGGCUCCAACCCCAACUCGGCCUCGGACGGCGCCCUCAGCAUGAGCAUGAGCCGGCGGUCCAGUCGUGCAGGCUCCGAGCGCAAAAAGCGCCCCGUGAGCGUGCCUGUUGCGGCAUGA